CCAUCCCUGCUUAAGCUUCCCUCUGAACCAUGUCUUCUUCACUCACCUUCACUCUCUCUCCCCUCGCCCUCCUCGCCGCGCUCUUCGCGAUCUCCUCCUUCCUCGCUCGCAGCGUCCCCAAGCUCCUCCCUCUCUCCGCCGCCGCCGCAGAUCGCCUGUCCGCCCUCGUCGGGCCGCUCAAAUGGGCCUUCGACUGCUCCCUGAGGUCCUCCGUCCUCGGCCACUCGCCCGGCCAUGGCGAGCCAGGAGCUUUCGGAGUGGCCCGCGGACUCGGCACGGCCCGGUACGGCGGCGCAACGCCCGCGGAGUGCGCGGUGUGCCUGUGCGAGGUCGGGGUUGGAGAAGAGGUGAGGGAGCUGGAGUGCUGCGACCAUGUGUUCCACAGGACCUGCUUGGACCGGUGGCUCAGCUACAAGAACGCGACGUGCCCUCUGUGCCGCAGGUUCGUGGCUCGCCGGACGAGCGUGAGCGUCGUCACCGAGUUCGGAGCGGAGGUCAUAUCCUUGGCGUUCUGCGACCUCGGCUCCGGCGGCGACCGCGAGGAGUGGUGGCUACGAUGACUGCGGGUGUCCGUCCGCGGCACGCGAACCUCUCGGAGAUGACUUCUGAAGCUAUUACUCCACGUGGACUUCAGACAAAGAUUAACAUGUUCCUAGAUUAAUCUCUGUCAUUCUAAGUUAUGGAAAGCAAUGUACGCUUGCGGCUUCGGCUCAUGAAAAUAUACUUCCGAUGAACUGUUUGCGAACA